AUGGAGAACUUAAUGGCAAGAACAGCUGCAGCUAUGCUAACUCGGGCGCUUCAAAACCAGCACCAGAAUGCGACUAUCGCCGCUGCCACCAAUUUUAACCUUGAGGCUCAAUUAGAGCAGAUUGAUCAAGACCAGACGCAGACGCACACGGAACCGGAACAUAUCAUACCACUGGUGACUCGAAAGAAGAGAGGCAGACCCUCUGGGAAAACCGCUACAGCGGGAAAAAACACUGGCCUAAGUGGAACGGGACCAAAGAAAAGGAAGGUGCUUGCCAUUCAAAACUCCCCAAGAGUUAGAAAAUCGAGUACCUCCAGGACUACUCAAAACAGCAGGAGAACUAUCCCUCAGAACCAGAGCAGAGCAACCCAGGUCCCAAAACCACCGUCACGAAGGGCUACUACAGUAACAACAGACGGAGAGGCUGAAGCACAAAAGACAGAGACAUCGAGAGCAUCUAGUAGCAGAAGAGGCGCCACUUCCCCAAGAAAUGAAGCAAGGACGGCGGAUUUUCACGAUCCGCAAAGCUAUCAUGUUCCACCUCAUAGUCCGGGAGGAGGAGGACUUACUCUACUUUGGAACCCCUCCGUAGAGCUCUCUGUUGUAUCAUCGUGUGACAACUUUAUUGAUACUGAGAUCAUCUAUAAAAAGAAACGGUUUCAUGCGACUUUCACUUAUGGAGCUCCUGAACACCAAAACAGGAGAUUAGUGUUGCAAAAGCUUACUGAUAUUUCGCAGAGUAGAGACGGGCCUUGGUUUUUGACGGGUGACUUCAAUGACAUCGUUGAUAAUAGUGAAAAGGAAGGCGGACCAGUUCGAGCAGAAGGAACUUUUGUGGAUUUCCGUACAUUCAUGUCAACUUGCGACCUGUUUGAUCUGAGACACUCAGGAAAUCCUUUGUCGUGGAGAGGUGUUAGAUACACUCACACCGUACUAUGCCACCUUGACAGAGCCCUCUCCAACAGCCUUUGGGCAGAACAAUUCCCAUCAGGAAGGUGCUCGUAUCUUGAAUUCGAGGGGUCUGACCAUCGCCCAUUAAUAUCGUAUUUCGAACCAGAUACAAAACGAAGAAGGGGUCUAUUCAGGUACGAUAGGCGCCUCUGUAAAAAUGAAGAAGUCAGGGAUCUCAUAGCAGUGGCAUGGUCGUCAAACAGAGAAUCUGUGGAACACAAGAUAGCAGCAUGCCGAAGAGCCAUUUCGAAAUGGAAUCGCGAACAUUAUGAAAAUAGCCAGGCAGCGAUCAGUAAGGAGAAGUUACGUUUAGAGAAAGCAAUGGUCCGAAGAGCCAUCAACAAGUUUUCAGUUAUAGAAAAUGCAGAAGGAGAUGCAGUCUAUGAAGAACCAGAGAUUUUUGAGGUCAUUACAAAGUACUUUGCUAAUCUGUUCUCGACAAAUAACUCAGACCCAUCUAACAUCGUGGAGGAAGCCUUAAGAAAGUCCAUCACCCCAGAAGAUAGGGACGCAUUGACAGGUAUACCCACAGCUAAGGAAAUCAAAGAAGCCCUGUUCUUGAUCCACCCAGAUAAGGCCCCGGGGCCUGACGGCUUCUCGGCAGGGUUCUUCAGGACAAACUGGUCUACGGUUGGACCCGCCAUCAUAGCUGAAAUUACGGACUUCUUCAGACAUGGAACUCUCCCACAGAACAUCAACCAUACUCACCUGCGCCUAAUACCAAAGAUCACAGCACCAAAGACAGUGGCAGAUUAUAGACCGAUAGCUUUGACUAACGUCUAUUACAAGAUUAUUUCGAAAAUCAUCACGAGAAGGCUGCAACCGGUACUGGACUCCAUCAUCUCCGAAAAUCAAUCUGCUUUUGUGCCAAACAGAGUGAUUACAGACAACAUAAUGAUAACACACGAAACUCUUCAUUUUCUCAAGAGAUCGGGAGCUACAAAACAUUGCUCUAUGGCUGUGAAAACAGAUAUGAGCAAGGCUUAUGAUAGGCUAGAGUGGAAAUUUAUUGAGGCGGUGCUCCGGAGAUUUGGAUUCCAUGAGGUUUUCUGCGGUUGGAUUAUGAGUUGCAUCACGACAGUGACAUACUCUGUCUUAUUCAACGGCGAGGUCCAAGGAAUGAUAUACCCAACUCGAGGCAUCCGGCAGGGAGACCCGCUGUCCCCUUACAUCUUCAUACUUUGUAGCGAGGUUUUAUCGGGUUUAUGCAUGGAGGCGCAGCGAAGAGGUUCACUGGCAGGGGUUCGGGUCGCAAAAGCUAGCCCAAGAAUAAAUCACUUAUUAUUCGCUGAUGACACGAUGUUCUUUGCCAAAACGACCAUCAGUAGUGUCAAUGCACUAAAGGAAGUCCUGAAGAAAUAUGAAGCUGCAUCUGGUCAAAUGAUCAACACAGAGAAAUCUGCGAUCACUUUCUCCAAAAAGGCGCCAGCUGAAGUGAGAGAAAGGGUUAAAGAAUGCCUGGGUAUUGCUAAGGAAGGGGGGGUAGGAAAGUAUCUAGGCUUGCCAGAGCACUUUGGGAGGAGGAAGAGAGAUCUUUUCACCUCGAUUGUGGAUCGUAUACGACAAAAAGCGGCAAGCUGGAGUACUCGUAAGCUCUCGGCCGGAGGAAAACUGACCAUGUUGCAGUCAGUCCUGCUACCAAUUCCCUCUUUCUCUAUGAUGGCUUUUAAACUGCCGAAAGGUCUCACCAAUAGGAUACAAUCAGCCUUCACGAGAUACUGGUGGGAUGAUAACCCGGAGACGCGGAAGAUGUGCUGGAUCGCUUGGUCGCGAGUUGCAAAACCGAAAUCGGAAGGAGGGUUAGGAGUGAGAGACGUUGAGGCUUUCAAUGAUGCCCUACUAGCUAAGCAGGGGUGGCGGAUUUUAAACAAUCCAGACUGUCUACUUGCCAAAGUGAUGACAGGAAAAUAUUGUACCACUUCCUCGUUCCUGGCUGUACCAGCUUCAAGCUCAUGUUCACAUGGAUGGAGAAGCAUCCUAUGCGGAAGAGAUCUCUUACUGCAGAACAUGGGUAAAACUAUAGGAAAUGGAGAGAGUACAAAGAUUUGGGAAGAACCGUGGAUCUCACUGGAUGUACCAACUAGACCGAUUGGCCCGCCGAACCUCUCUUCAAAGGACCUAACAGUUUCACACUUGUUAACUCAACCAACAGGAGCUUGGGACCGAGAUAAAGUGGAUUUGCUGCUUCCCCAUGAAGCUCAUAAAAUCCUUCUCCUUAAACCAAGUAGAACAGGAGGCCAAGAUAAGCAUUGCUGGUUAGCGACUAAAAGUGGUGAAUACUCUACAAAGACAGGUUAUCAUACAGCCCUGAAGCAGUUACAGCCCGAACAGAGUCCACCCCCCCAACCGAUGAUAUGUGACUGGAUGGCAGACAUUUGGUUGCUCCCCAUCCCACCCAAGAUAAAAGUUUUCCUAUGGAAGAUAGUACAGCGUGCGCUACCGUUGGGAGAUACGCUAGCUUCAAGAGGUAUCCCAGCAACGUGCCUCGCUUGCACUCAUUGUGGAGAUCGAGAGACGGCGAACCAUCUGUUCUUGACAUGUCCUUUUGCGAGACAGAUUUGGAACCAAACCCCGAUCCAUAAUGUGAUGAACAUAAUUGAUUCUGCAGAUUUCCAAAGAGCCCUCAAAGACUCAAAGAAGGCCCGAAACCUUCCUCCCAUAGGAAUGAGAAUGGGGUCUCUCUUUCCAUGGAUAUGCUGGAACCUAUGGAUUGCUAGAAACCAUAAGAUAUUUCAGAACAGGUGUUUUGAGGCGAAGGAGGUCCUCUCGAAAGCGAUUGCGGACGCACUGGAAUGGCAAACAGCUCAGGAACAGUCUAUCACUGGUCUGGCCACUGAGCAGAACACAAUUGUCCAAAGGCCUCCUCCCCAAAUGAACCCAGAUAUCAUCACGGUGAACACAGAUGCAGCUUGGAAGGAAUCAGAACAGAAAGCGGGGUUGGCUUGGCUGUUCUCGGAUAACACAGGCAGGAUACUGGCACGGGGAACCUCGCUCGAACUCUACGUCCCCUCCCCCUUAGUGGCAGAGGGCAUGGCGUUAAGAGAAGCCUUACUCCAUGCGCAAGCUCUUGGCUUUAACAAACUAUGCAUCAAAUCAGACGCUCAGAUCAUCAUCAGAGCUAUCAAUAGGAGAGACCCAAUCAAGGAACUUUGCGGAAUCCUACAGGAUAUCCUAAAUUUGUCUUGUUACCUCUCUGUUUCCUCCUUCAUUUUUAAUUCUCGCAAAGACAAUAUGGCCGCUGAUGCUCUUGCUAAGAGAGUAUUAGUUGAAACAAUCUAUGUGUAA